UCGUUGAAUGGCAUUGUGGUCUUUGGUCCGCCCAUCAGCUGAUGAUUGUACUAGGCUGCUUACCGAAGUCAUUCAAAAACGAAAUUAACCUGGUUUAAGUUCAGCUACGUGUCAUAUGGGUAAAUUGACGUAGUUUGAUAUUCAUUCAUGUUAGCCAAGUAUCGAUCGCUAUCCAAUUGAACAUUUCCGCCUUAGCGUAAGAACAUAUGCGUGACCGAGCAGUUUAAAGACUGGCCAAAUCUAGUCAACCGAGUGGUCUUCGGAGUUAAAUGCCUGUCUGCAUACCCGUCUCAUUGAUCCUUUGCUGACCCCUUCGUUUGACCCUACAAUGAAAGCACUAAUCCUGGUUGGAGGUUAUGGAACGAGACUACGGCCGCUCACUCUGAGUGUGCCCAAGCCGCUGGUCGAGUUCGCCAACAAGCCGAUUUUGCUACAUCAAGUCGAGGCUUUGGCGAAGGCUGGAGUCAGUCACGUGAUACUCGCUGUCAGCUACAUGUCUGAGUUGCUGGAGAGAGAGAUGCGGGCACAAGAAGAGAAGCUUGGAAUCCGGAUCUCUCUUUCCCAUGAGAAGGAGCCCCUGGGAACAGCGGGGCCCCUGGCCCUGGCCCGGGAGCUGCUGACCGACAGCCCGGAGCCCUUCUUCGUGCUCAACAGUGAUGUGAUCUGUGAGUUCCCCUUCGAGGACAUGCUCCGUUUCCACAAGCAGCACGGCAAGGAGGGCACUAUAGUGGUGACGAAGGUGGAGGAGCCCUCUAAGUACGGCGUGGUGGUGUACGAGGCGGAGAGUGGCAGCAUCCACCGCUUCGUGGAGAAGCCGCAGGUCUUCGUCUCCAGCAAGAUCAACGCCGGCAUGUACAUCUUCAGCCCCUCCAUGUUGAACAGGAUCCAGCUGAGACCCACCUCGAUCGAGAAGGAGAUCUUCCCCGUGAUGGCGGAGGAGGGACAGCUGUACGCCAUGGAGCUGCAGGGGUUCUGGAUGGACAUCGGGCAGCCCAAGGACUUCCUGACGGGGAUGUGCAUGUACCUGCAGUCCGUCCGGCAGCAGAGCCCGGAGAGACUGCGCACGGGGCCCGGCUUCCUGGGAAACGUGCUGGUGGACCCCAGCGCUCAGAUCGGGCAGAACUGCACCAUCGGGCCCAACGUGACGCUGGGGGCGGGCGUGGUGCUGGAGGACGGGGUGCGGAUCAAGCGCUGCACGGUGCUGAAGGGGGCGCGUGUGCGCUCACACGCCUGGCUGGAGUCCUGCAUCAUCGGCUGGAGCUCCUCCGUGGGCCAGUGGGUGCGCAUGGAGAACGUGACGGUGCUGGGGGAGGAUGUGAUCGUGAACGAUGAGCUCUACCUGAACGGAGCCAACGUGCUGCCGCACAAGUCCAUCACCGACUCUGUGCCUGAGCCGCGCAUCAUCAUGUAGGCCACGCCCCACCCGCGCUGUCAGGCCGCCGGAGGGGAGGAGUCACCGGGGAGGCGGGGCCAGCCGGGGGCAAAGACAAUUCGAAUGUGACUGCUGUGGGAUUCACUAUGCAUGGCAGAGAUCAACUACCCGCUGCUGUACAGACCGCAGGAGUGCGUGUGUCUGUGCGUGGGUGUGUGUGUGUGUGUGUGUGUGUGUGUGUGUGUGUGUGUCUGUGUCUGUGUGUGUCUGUGUGUGGGUGUGGGUGUGUCUAUGGGUGAGUCUGUGUCUUUUUCUGUAGAGCACAUUCAUGUGCGUGAUGUGUGUAUUGGAGUGAGGGAAAUGACUGGGAGUUUUGCGCUUAUGUAAUGGUACAAUGAUGAGAGGUUGAGCAGGUUGGGGCAAGGGCAAAGUGUGUGUGUGUGUGUGUGUGCGUGUGCAGGAGUACACAAACUGUGUUCGCAAUACAUCAGUGGAGGUAAAAUACUGUCCAGGUAGCUGCUUAAACCGGUCAGUCCAACAGAACAUUUUCUUUUAUUUCAAAGCGGAAACAUCUUUCUGCAUUUAAGAAUAGAGAGAAAACGUUCCGAGGGGCUACAAACAAAGCUUUACGGAGGUUUCAUGUCGCUUUGCCUUAAGGAAGUCUGUUUCCUCUGUUUGUUUUUCUGUUAUAAGCGGAUGCCAACAUCAGCCGCAUGCCUGUAUGUCCUGCUACAACACUGGGUUGAAUCAGGCGUAUUUAUAGGCUCCGUCUAGAUUGAUAGGCUUUGCUUCGCCUGUUGAGCGUAAAUCUUGGCACGGCCAUUGUUUGUUUAGGCAGGGCUAGUGCUAGCAGUGUCUCUGAAUCCGGCUUUUUGAAAUGAUUCUAUUAAACACUAGAAUUCCCAAUUAUAUUAGGUUAAAAAAAGAAGAAGCAAGGUCUAAAAUAUCAAUCAUUCCGGUUAAUCAUGUUGCAGACGCUCAACAGACGUUUAUAGGGCCAGUUAUCCGUUUUUUGUAAGUGUUUUUUUUUUUUUCUUCUUACCACAGGCCUUGUGUGUGAAUUCAGCAGACCGCGUUAAUGUGUCGGGAAAGUCGUGUGAGUGAGAGUAUUAUGUGGAAAAACCUUCAGCGAGAGUGUAUUUGGAUGGGCGGGUGAAAGAUACAACGUUUGCACAGACGUGUAUAUGGCGAGGACAGUAAAAACGAACAGUUACUCUAGUUACGUCGCCUCCCCACGUCUGCUGCUUCUAUUGGCCGCACGCGCCGGGGAGCUGUCAGCCAAUGAUCGGUGCCACUAACUGAACAAUAAUACCCCAAGUGAAGACAUCAAAUGUUUUAAUGAAGUAAUUUUUAUAAUACACUUUUUUGGAUCCAUGA